AUGGGUGACCUGCAGUAUCUGCAGGUACAGCGGGCCGCCGUAGCCGAUCCUGCGACGUUGGCGGCAUGGGCCCAGAAAAAGUUAUGUUGGGUACCAGACCAAAACGAAGGGUUCCUCUUUGGAUCGAUUAAAAAGGAAUCUAACGAUGAGUUCCUCGUGGAGCUCUGCGACACAGGCCGACAAGUAACGAUUAGCAGAGAUGAUGUGCAGAAAGCGAAUCCUCCAAAAUUCGAUAAGAUUGAAGACAUGUCAGAGCUUACAUAUUUGAAUGAAGCCUCCGUGCUCAACAAUUUAAAAGAUCGUUACUACAGCAGUCUUAUCUAUACGUACUCCGGACUCUUCUGCGUCGUCAUUAAUCCAUAUAAGAAACUUCCUAUUUACUCAGAAGACUUGAUUGAGGAAUUCAAGGGAAAGAAACGACAUGAAAUGCCACCACACAUCUUUGCCAUUGCCGAUACAGCAUACAGAAGCAUGCUCCAAGAGCGUGAAGACCAGUCUAUUCUGUGUACAGGAGAAUCAGGAGCCGGAAAGACAGAGAACACAAAGAAAGUUAUCCAAUAUUUGGCUCACGUCGCUGGAGCAACCAGAAACAAGGGAAUGAGUGCUGCAGUGGCUCAAACUAUUGUCCAGAAACAGGAUACUCGGAACCUGAUCGGAGAAUUAGAAAAUCAGCUCCUUCAAGCCAAUCCAAUCCUCGAAGCAUUCGGUAACUCGAAGACAGUGAAAAAUGACAACUCUUCUCGAUUCGGAAAGUUCAUCCGCAUUAACUUCGACAUGAGCGGAUACAUCAGUGGAGCCAACAUUGAGUUCUACUUGCUCGAAAAGUCCAGAGUGCUUCGUCAAUCACCAGAUGAACGCAGUUUCCACAUCUUCUAUCAGAUUCUCAGAGGAUGCAGUGCCCAAGAGAAAAAUGAUUACCUCUUGGAGACAGUGGACAGCUACAGAUUCUUGGUUAACCAUGGAAUUACUCUCCCGAAUGUUGAUGAUGUCCAAGAAUUCCACAGUACACUCAACUCCAUGAAGAUUAUGGGAUUCGCUGAUGAAGAAGUUUCUUCAAUUCUCCGUGUGGUCUCCGCAAUUCUUCUUCUUGGAAAUUUGGAGUUUACUCAAGAAAAGAAGAGUGAUCAAGCGAUGCUUCAAGACGACAGAGUCAUUCAGAAAGUGUGUCAUCUCCUCGGACUUCCAGUCAUUGAGCUCCAGAAAGCUUUCUUGCGUCCACGUAUCAAGGUUGGAAGAGAAUUCGUCAACAAGGCUCAAAACCAAGAGCAAGCUGAGUUUGCCGUGGAAGCAAUUGCUAAGGCUUGUUACGAGAGACUCUUCAAAUGGCUUGUCAACAGAAUCAACAAGUCUUUGGAUAGAACUCACCGUCAAGGAGCUUCUUUCAUUGGAAUUCUUGAUAUUGCUGGUUUUGAAAUCUUCACAACAAACUCCUUCGAACAAUUCUGCAUCAACUACACAAAUGAGAAACUUCAACAGCUUUUCAACAACACUAUGUUCAUUUUGGAACAAGAGGAAUAUCAAAGAGAAGGAAUCGAAUGGGAUUUCAUCGACUUUGGACUUGACCUUCAGCCAACCAUUGACCUUAUUGAGAAACCAAUGGGAGUUCUUGCUCUUCUCGAUGAAGAAUGUCUUUUCCCAAAAGCCAAUGACAAAACUUUUGUUGAGAAACUGCAGAAGACUCAUAUCAAGCAUCCAAAAUUCAUUCCAGCAGAGCUCCGUAACCGAACUGGUGACUUCGCUGUUGUCCAUUACGCUGGCCGUGUCGACUACUCUGCUGAUCAGUGGCUCAUGAAAAAUAUGGAUCCUCUCAAUGAAAAUGUUGUUGGAUUAAUGCAAAACUCUACUGAUUCAUUUGUUGCCGGAAUCUGGAAGGAUGCUGAAUUUGCUGGAAUCUGUGCUGCUGAAAUGAAUGAAACUGCUUUUGGAAUGAGAUCUCGCAAGGGAAUGUUCCGUACUGUCUCUCAAUUGCACAAGGAGCAGCUCACCAAGUUGAUGACAACCCUUCGUAAUACUUCACCUCAUUUCGUCCGUUGUAUUAUUCCAAAUCACGAGAAGAAGUCUGGAAAGAUCAACUCAAAUCUUGUCCUCGACCAAUUGAGAUGUAAUGGAGUCCUCGAAGGAAUCAGAAUCUGUAGACAAGGUUUCCCUAACAGAGUCCCAUUCCAAGAGUUCCGUCAUCGUUAUGAAAUUCUGACACCGGACGUCAUUCCAAAGAAUUUCAUUGAUGGAAAGGAAUCAGUUCGCAAGAUGAUCACUGCUUUGGACAUUGACUCCAACCUGUACAGAAUUGGACAGUCCAAAGUGUUUUUCCGAACCGGAGUACUUGCUCAUCUCGAAGAGGAAAGAGAUCUCAAGUUGACGGCUCUCAUCCAAAAUUUCCAAGCUCAGUGCAGAGGAUUCCUUUCAAGACGUCUCUACACCAGAAGACAACAACAGUCAAGUGCAAUCCGUAUCAUCCAAAGAAAUGGUUUGGCUUAUCUGAAACUCCGUAACUGGCAAUGGUGGCGUUUAUUCACUAAAGUCAAGCCACUUCUUCAAGUAACCCGUACUGAUGAUGAGAUCCGUGCCAAAGACGACGAAUUGCGUGCAACUAAAGAACGAUUGCUCAAGAUGGAACAUGAGUUCCGCGAGAAUGAGAAGAAAUUGGAUCAGGUGAUUGUCGAGCGAGCUGUGAUUCAAGAGCAACUCCAACAAGAGGCUGACAAUAGUGCUGAGCUAGAAGAUAUCCGCGGUCGUCUUCAAACUCGCAACCAAGAACUUGAGUACAUUGUCAACGAUAUGCGAGAGCGUCUGUCUGAGGAAGAACAGCAGAAUGAGAAGAACAACGAUGAAAGAAGAAAACAGAUGGAAACUGUCCGUGAUUUGGAAGAGCAACUUGAACAAGAAGAGCAAGCAAGACAGAAACUCUUAUUGGACAAAACCAGUGUUGACCAAAGACUCCGUACACUCGAAGAAAAAUUCGUCGAGCUCCAAGAUGCAUAUGACAAACUUCUCAAAGAGAAGAAACUUCUUGAAGAGAAAGUUGAAUCUCUCACCAAUCAACUUCUCGACCACGAAGAGAGAGCCAAACAUGGAAUCAAAGCCAAGGGACGUCUUGAGAACCAACUCCAUGAGCUGGAACAAGACCUCAACCGUGAACGCCAAUUCAAGUCAGAACUCGAACAACAUAAGAGGAAACUGUUGGCUGAAUUGGAAGACAGCAAGGAUCAUCUCGUGGAGAAGAUGGGCAAAGUCGAGGAACUCAAUAAUCAGUUGAUGAAACGUGAUGAAGAACUUCAACAUCAAUUGACCCGUUAUGAUGAGGAAUCUGCGAAUGUUGCUUUGAUGCAAAAGCAGAUGAGAGACAUGCAGACGACUAUUGACGAACUCCGUGAAGAUAUUGAGACUGAAAGAAAUGCUCGGAAUAAGGCAGAGAUGACAAGACGAGAGGUUGUCGCUCAACUGGAAAAAGUCAAAGGAGAUGUACUUGACAAAGUGGAUGAAGCGACUAUGCUCCAGGAUUUAAUGGCCAGAAAAGAUGAGGAAGUCAACACAACAAAGAGAGCUAUCGAGCAAAUCCAACACACGAUGGAGGGUAAAAUUGAAGAGCAGAAGGCUAAAUUCACUCGUCAAGUAGAAGAACUUCAUGACCAAAUUGAGCAGCACAAGAAACAACGUAAUCAACUUGAGAAGCAACAAAACGUGGCUGAUCAGGAACGUGCGGAGAUGGCUCAGGAGAUCGCGCUGCUCCAAGCUAGCAGAGCUGACAUCGAUAAGAAGAGAAAGAUUCAUGAGGCUCAUUUGAUGGAAAUUCAAGCCAACUUGGCAGAAAGUGAUGACCAUAAGAGAACCCUCAUUGAUCAGUUGGAGAGAAGCCGUGAUGAACUCGAUCAUCUGAAUCGUGUACGUGAAGAAGAGGAACAUGCUUUUGCCAAUAUGCAACGUCGCCUGGCAACUGCUGAAGCUGCUGUUCUCGAGUUGAACGAACAAAUUCAAGAAGAAACCCGAUUGAAGAUUGCCAAUAUCAACAGAGCUCGUCAACUUGAAGAUGAGAAGAAUGCGCUACUCGACGAGAAAGAGGAAGCUGAAGGACUUCGUGCACAUCUCGAGAAAGAAAUUCAUGCGGCUCGUCAAGGUGCAGGAGAUGCUCGUAGAAAGGCAGAAGAGGCAGUCAAUUUACAACUCGAAGAGCUUAGAAAGAAGAAUCUGAGAGAUGUUGAACAUCUUCAACAACAAUUGGAGGAGAGUGAAGCUGUUAAAGAGAGAAUUCUUCAGAGCAAAAAGAAGAUCCAACAAGAAUUUGAAGAUGUUGCCAUGGAACUCGAUAAUGUUCGUGCUUCUCACAGAGAUGCGGAGAAGAGACAGAAGAAAUUCGAAACUCAAAUGGCUGAGGAGCGAGCUGCAGUUCAGAAGGCACUCCUUGACCGUGAUUCCAUGAGUCAGGAGUUGAGAGAUAGAGAGACCAGAGUGUUGUCACUCCUCAAUGAGGUUGAUCUUAUGAAGGAGCAGUUAGAAGAAUCUGACAGAGUCCGACGAUCACUUCAACAAGAACUUCAAGACUCGAUCUCCAACAAGGACGAUUUCGGAAAAAAUGUUCACGAACUGGAGAAGGCGAAACGAUCGUUGGAAGCUGAGUUGGUUGACAUGCGAGCUCAGAUGGAGGAACUGGAGGAUAAUCUUCAAAUGGCUGAGGAUGCUCGCCUCCGUCUCGAAGUCACCAACCAAGCUCUCAAGUCUGAAAGUGACAGAGCCAUCAGCAACAAGGAUGUUGAAGCAGAAGAGAAACGACGUGGUCUUCUCAAGCAGAUCCGAGAUUUGGAGAACGAACUUGAAAACGAGAAGAGAGGAAAGUCUGGUGCAGUCAGUCAUCGUAAGAAGAUUGAGAACCAGAUUGGAGAACUCGAGCAACAAUUGGAAGUAGCUAACAGGUUGAAAGAGGAAUACAACAAACAGCUCAAGAAGAACCAACAAAUCAUCAAGGAGUACCAAAUUGAAUGCGAAGAAGCUCGCCAAGCCAAGGAAGAUAUUGCUGCUCAAUUGAGAGAGGCUGACAGAAAAUACAGAGCAGUUGAAGCUGAACGAGAGCAACUCCGCGAGGCUAAUGAAGGACUCAUGCAAGCUCGGAAACUUCUUGAGCUCGAAAACGACGAACUCGAAGAGCUCAGAUCGAAGGGAGGAGGCAUCAGUUCUGAAGAGAAGCGACGUCUUGAAGCCAAGAUUGCUCAGCUCGAAGAAGAACUUGAGGAGGAGCAGAGUAACUGUGAACUUGCCAUCGACAAACAACGCAAGGCUCAAGUACAAUUGGAACAAUUCACAACUGAACUGUCUAUCGAGCGAACGGUCAACCAAAAGACUGAAGCUGAAAAGCAAGCUUUGGAGCGAACAUGUAGAGACUACAAGGCAAAGAUCACAGAACUCGAGUCCGGUGCUCAAUCCAGAGCUCGUGCUCAGAUGGCUGCUCUUGAGGCAAAAAUUCAGUAUUUGGAGGAUCAAUUGAGCGCUGAAGGACAAGAGAAAACAACUUCGAACAGAGCUGCCAGACGAUUGGAGAAGAAGCUGAAUGAUAUGACUCAACAAUUCGAAGACGAGAAGAGAGCCAAUGAACAAGCUAAAGAAUUGCUAGAGAAGUCCAACCUAAAGAACAGAAACCUCCGCCGCCAACUCGAUGAAACGGAAGAUGAAAUCUCACGUGAACGAACGAAACAUCGUAAUGUUCAACGUGAAGCUGAUGAUCUUCUUGAUGCCAAUGAACAACUUACCCGUGAACUUAUGAACCUCAGAGGAAACAACAGAAGGCGUGCUGAUAUGCGCCUUCGUCGAGGCUUCGAUGUGCCCGGAUCAAGUGAUAAUCUUGCACGCGAAGACGAAAAUGAAUCCAAUGUGUCCGGAUCUGAACACGGAAUGUCGGUGAACUAA